CUAAUCAGUGGCCCCUUGGCUGGGCACAGAAGCAGCAGCAGCAGCAGCAGCAGCUCCAAACAAUAACAAGAGCCUCCCAGUGGGAAGAAACAGAAAGAGCCAUUGAAGACCUCCAUGAGCAGCAAGAGCAGGAGGAGGAGGAGGAGGAGGAGGAUGCCAUCCAGAGGAGCCCCACUUUGAGAGCCAUCCUCCUCCUCUUCCUCCUCCUUCCCUCCUCCUCCUCCUCGGCCCCAUGGAUCCCAGGGAUGCUGCUGCUGCUUUGCCUGUGAUUUCGAGGAGCCACUGGCGAGUGUGUUAAGGAAGCAGAGGAGUGGAGGGAGGAGGGAAGGAUGGAGGAAAGGAGGGUGCCCUCACUGCUUCUUCUCUUCCUCCUCCUCCUCCUGGUUUUUCUUUGCUGUUGUGUGUCGUGGCUGGUCUCCGUCUUCACCCACCAGAGAGGUCCCUUGGCCCGGCUGGCUCCCAAAGUUUCUCCAUGGUUUCUUCCCGGGGUUUGAGGAACUUGCCUGCGGCUCUGACAGCCCCCGAGUCCCCCUGGAGCUGGAGCCGCUGUAGAGACCAGUGCCCAGGGUAGCCAGCCAUGAUAGCCACUGGAGGCCUUUUGCGGAUCUCAGCCAGAAAACAGGAUCCCCUGAGGCCUCAGAGCCAAGGCCCCAAACGCAAGCGCAAAGCCAAAAAGAAACGCAAAAACGAUGUGGUGGUGGUGAAGGGAAAGCUGAAGCUCUGCUCUAUCUCAGGCCUCAUUGCUCUCUGUGGUAUCCUGGUGUUGCUUGUGGGAAUUGCCUUGGCGGUCAUGGGCUAUUGGCCCAAACCACAUUACCGGGCAGGGAGCCUUGGUAACAGGCAUCUUCCAUCCUCACAUGGGAGUGCCACCUUCAGCCGUUCCAGGAACCAAACAGAAGGGCCAGGAGAAUAUCCCCGGGAAGGCUCAGGGACCAACUCCUCUUUCAUGAACAGCAAAAGGAACCUCCUCCCUUCCUCUCCUGCCCCCUCGCCCACCUCUAAAAGCUUCCUUCUUCAGCUUUUCUCACAGUAUUUGCAUUCAGACAAACUUAAGGUGCUUGGACCCCUCAUCAUGGGCAUUGGCAUCUUCCUCUUCAUUUGUGCCAAUGCAGUGCUCCAUGAGAACCGUGACAAAAAGACAAAGAUUAUCAAUCUAAGGGAUUUGUACUCCACUGUCAUAGAUGCACAUAGCCUUCGGACAAAGGAUGGACCCCCCUCUGCUUCUGUUGCCCCAGUUCCUAUCAAUGGCUUUGUUAACUAUGUACAGCCACGAGGAGUAGAGUUGAAACCUGGUGGCAGCUCUGGGGAAACUUUAGCCAAGACUGCCUGGCACCCAAUGGUAAGUGCUCCUCUCUCCCCUCCAGAUUUGGCUUCAUCCCCACGCUGCUGCUCCUCUUCCUCUCCUCGGCAAUUGCAGCAAAGACAAACCCCCAGCUUGGCUGAGGCUGUAUAUAGUAUAUAUCGGGAGAGGGCAGCCUUGGCUAGGACUGCUCAUAGCCCACCUUGCAGCCCCCCAGAUGGCUGGGACCAGCGCAGUACUGCCAGUUCCAUUGUGGGUUCCUCACUCAGCACUUUCACUUUGCUGCCGUUGGCUCAAGGAGAAGUGGCACAGGGAGACCGAAGUGGCUGGCAAAGGCCCCUGGGAGAACGAGGGGCCAAGGAAAUACCUCGGGGAGAGUUUGAGCACAGCCUGAAAGACCUCAGGAGCAGCUACAUAGACUCAGAGCAAGGACAUGCAACUGUGGCCAGGACGGGUAAGCGCAAGCUGGUUCUUCGACGCCAAAGCACAAGCUGCCUCCCUGAUGCCAGGAGAUCCCUCACCCCUGAAUCCUCUCAGACAUUGGAUAGUAGCACAGACCUAGACUCCAGUCUUUUAGUUAAAGCCUCAUCUUCCACCUACUCUAAAUCCCUUGAUUUGGGAGACCCUCCAACACCAGCUGUGGCUAGGAGAGAUUCCCAGGGAUCUCAGUGUGAUCAGUACCGAAGCAAUAAGGGCUAUACCCCACUGGAGGAGACAGGCACCUCUUUGGAAUCUGUUGCCAACACACCAGCCCAUAAAACCCAGGACUGCAAAGGGAGCUCCAGUGGGGACAUGCCUUCUUCAAAGGACACCAGCAGAGAACAAACAGAACAACAGCCUUUGAGAAUUCAGAGACAGUAUACAAAUAAAGAGAAACUUUUCAUGAUCUCCAGGUCAGACACCACAGUGGAGCUGGAGGAAGCAGACCUGGAAAACACCGGUGUUUCAGCCAAAUAAAAUAAAAUGGAGAUAAGCAUCAGAACAACUUGUAAUCCUUCUGCCCCCUUGUGGAUCUAGGAAACCGGUCAAUAGCCAAAGCGCUGAAAUAUAUUAUCCUUUUGAAUUGCAUCAAUAAAUUCCUGUAGAUGUCUUCAGGAAAAACAAAAACACCAAGCAGGAGUUUGUUCUGUUCAACUGUCAGUCUGUAUUCCAUGCAAGCCAACUGUAUUUCACACUGACAGUGCAGUAAAUUCUUUGGAUCAAAGGAAAGAGAAUAUGUUGACAAUAAUUGUGCACUUUACUGAUUUUUUUUAAAAGUCUGAUUGCUCCUUUCUUUCUCUCUCUCAUUCUGUCUUGGCUUUUGCCAUGGCGUUAACUGCACACUCUUUCCCCAGCUUCAGGCAGAGAUGGAUUUCAAGUCAGGAAGAUUGAUCUCUCUUGUAAUGUUUGGUUAGAUCAGAAUAUCAUUUUGCAGAGAUUAACAGAUGAAGUAUUAUGACAAAGGGGGAAGGAAUCUAAAGAUUUAGUUUCUGAAUAGUGUCAGCAGAAGAGGGAUGGGAGAUGGAUAGCACUGUGGCCAACUAGCUGAAAUCCCUCCAUUCCUAAAUUCAAAUGAAUACUUUAUCAAGUAUUAUUGCACAUGUAUAAACUAAGAGCAUUAAUAACAGUUUUUAAUUAAAUAAAAUAUGUUUACAAUGACCAAGUUUAUUUAGGUAAUGUUUCAUUUCCUGCUAAAUUCUUACAAAUGAAAUAGGUCUUGUUUUCAGUGAAUGUCUCCAAAGGCAGAAAAAUUAAUUGCAUGUGUUGAAAUCAGGUCAUCAACAGUAAAAAGUUUUCUUAAAAGAAGGACAGAGUGUGGAUGACUAAAACUAAUCCUACUUUAUCUGUUC